AUGCAAGAAUCAGAAACAAAUUAAGUAAGCUAAUUUGAAAGUGAAGAUUAAUCUAAUCCAGCUUGUCCCAAUAAACCUAUAAUUCCUUAUCUUAUUCAAAAAAGCUUUGUUUAAAAAUCUGAUAACGCAAGUUAUCUAAAUUGGUAAUAGCCAGACUCAAAAAGAAAUAAGUCAUCUUUAGCUAUGAUUGGAACUACUUACAGUAAAUUAAAAUCGCGUGAAUGCUGCGAUUAGUUUGAAUAAAUAGCAACUGCUCAAAGAAAGGCUGUCCAAAAUUAGAUUCAAACAAUGACUCAAUUGAAUUAGCUAAUUCUAGACCAUUCUAAGUUAUUGGAAGAUAUGAUAGGAAAGAAGAAAGAGGAAGCAGAGAAAAAUAAAUCAUUAUCUGAUUAGUCUGAUAUUCAAAAAGAGGUUUCUGAAAAAGAAAGGAAAUUUAAAGAAUGGAAAGAGAAUUGCGAAAAAGAAAUAUCAUCAAAUUAAUAAAGGGAUCAUAAAAUAAAAGAGUUAAGGAAAAAGGCAGCAGAACUCGAGGAACAAUCAUAAAAGUCAAGCUAUACUAUUUCUUUAUCUUAAGAAGUUGAAACUUGGAAAAAUAAAUACAUCAAUCUCACAAAAUAGAAUGAUGAAACAUAAAAAAAAUUAAAAGAAUAUGAGAAUGAAUUAGAAUAACUGAAAUAAAAUUAGUCUUUGAGAGAUAGCGGUGUUUAAUAAUCAACAACUACUGUUACCACAACCAGAAAAAGAGGAACCAUUAAGCUUGCAGAACAGAUUUAAUAAUGA